AUGAAUCUAUAUUUUAUUUCAUUAAAAGAUGUUUUAACAAAUGGUUUUAAUACAAUACUUGUACAUUCAUCACCAAUGUCAAUAAUAAGUGAUGCUCUUGGUGUUGGUUUAAAUUUUUUAACAAUAUUAAUAAUUUGGAUUAUUGCAAUAACUCAAGUCGUUAAAAUUAAGGAAAUUAUACAAAAAUUUAAUAAAACAAAUGUAUCAUUAAAUAAUUUAGGAAUAGAUGAAGCAAUUGAUUCAUCAAUAAGAUUAUUAAUGAUUAUUUGUAUUGUUGUAAAUAUUAUAUUUUAUAUACAUUACAUUUUAAAUAAUAUUGUAAUGUAUUGGUGUGGAUAUAAUACUUAUCAAGGAUGGUUUUGGUUUGAUCUUGGACUUGUCAUUGGACCAAAUGCUCUGGUGAUAUUUAUAACUUCAUUGUUGGUGUUGAAAAAACGUUUUAAAAAAAUCAAUCGUCUUAUUAUUGAUUUACCAGGUGUUAAUUCAACAGUUUUAUCAAGAUACUACGAGCCAAUCAGUCAUCUGAAAGCUAUUGGUCAAGUUCAUAGUGAUUUGAAGGAACUUUUGAGUAUGAUUAGUAAUUUAUUUUCACUACCAUUGAUAAUAUUACUUUCAACAAAUUUUAUGGAAUUUGCUGCUUGUGGAUACAUGGCUUAUAAUAAAUUUAAAGAUGAUGAACAACAAAAAUGGCAAUUUAACAAUAUUGUUACUGUAUUGGCAUUAAUGUCAUGGGUAAUACUUCAUUUUUGUCAAAUGUUUUUUCUUAUUGAUUCGGCUAGUUCAACGGUAAAAGAAGCUAAUGAAACUGGAAAUAUUCUUCAUCAAGUAAUGCUACAACAUCAGUUUAUCAACACAAGAGAAGUAGAAAUGAUAUCUCUUCGGCUUUUACAAGAUCCAGUAAAAGUUAGUCUUUAUGGCUUUAUUGAAUUGGAUUUUUCCUUUUUGUACAAUAUAAUCAAAUCAAUAACAUCAUUUAUUAUAAUUAUGCUGCAACUUGAUGAACAAGCAAGAAAAUCAAUUGAAGUAAUGAAUUUGUUAUCAUCAACAUAUGAUAAUUCUUCUAACUCUUUUGAAUUUUCAAUUGAUAAUAAUUAUUCAACAAAUGAAUUUAUUAUUAUUUAAUUUACUUUGAAUAAUAUUUA